AUGGGGACCUUGACCGACAUCACAGCACGAGCCGGCAACACCAUGAAGCGUCAAUCGACGUCUUCCAUGGGAUAUCAGUCCCUUGAUUCGCCAAUCUCAGUGAAAAAACCUGCCGAGAAAGAGAGCUCGGGGAAACCCAAAUCACCACACUUCAUGACACCAACCUUCUCUUCUUCCUUACAGUCCGUUGCAACAGAUGGCAUUACACCUGUACCAGCAACAAAGUCUAGCAAGGCAGAGAGUAGUAAUGCGUGGAUGAAGUCGGCCGCUAAACGCGUCGGUUUCCGCCGUACAGGUGAUGGCACACCUCGCUCCAAGAAAGAAGGGCCUCCCAAGACAUCCAAAACGAUCAGCUUCCCAGACAAACUUGCUACACCAUCUUACAGUAGAGUCUUAGACACUCCCCCGUCAAUAAAGACGCAGCCGCCAAAGGUCUCACCCACGGAUAAGCCUCUUCCCAAUCCUCCCACAGGUCAAACCUCCUACCCUGGUGAACUCGUUGAGUCCAAAACCCUCAUCGACGCUAGCGACAAGCCUCUUCGCCGUCGCUCACCUCCUGGUAUGGCCGUGCAUGAAGAAGACUGGCCAGUCCUUUAUCCAAAGCGGCCCACGAGUCCUGGAACUCUCCAGGAGAUGAUGCGCGAGACUGGCUCGCAGUUAACACAGCAAGCGGUGUCAGACCAGAAGGAGAGAUAUCCUAUUCUUGGCAAUACCCUUCGUCAAGUCCCAGACGAGGAGCAGCUUCCCGUCUCUAGGUACUCAGUGAUGUACAAGAUCCCUCGCAAGGAGAUCUCUUCGCCAAAUCUUGGCGAUCUUGAAAACGCCAACAAGGACACGGCUGCCCUGAACACCCACAUCGACGACCCUUUCCGAGAUGGGGUCUAUGAUUCCGGACCGGUUGUGCCUGCGAAAUCUCCACGGAAAACAUCCAAAUCUCCUUCCAUUCUUUCCGCUGGAGCGGCAGCUGUCGAGAAGUCAGCACAAGAGUCAAGACCUGCAAUCGAACCUCGCCAGACGCGCACUUCCUCGCUUCGUGCUCGUCUCUCUGCUGGUCAGCUGGUCAAAGACGGUCAGAACAAGGUCGUCGGCUUUACAGACUUUACCGCAAUUCCAGAGCCCGCCUUGGGCGCCACCCGACGAGAUAGCUUACGCGCCCGCAAAGAGGCCCAAGCCCGUCGUUCCCUAACACCGCCGCACCCGCUUCGAACCAAUCCAUCUAGGGAGUCAGUUGGUGGCAAUCGAGCCCAAGCCCCUCGUUCCCAAACACCACCCGCAAAGCCUGUCCCGCACCCGCUUCGCACCAAUCCAUCCAAGGAGCCAAUUGGUGGCAAUCGAGCCCCAGCGCAAUUUGUAGCUGGUAGCCGACGCCCGACUCAUCCUCGUCGCCCAAGCAGUCGCGGCAGCAUUCGAAGCGAGUUCCGAGAACCGACUCCACCUCUUCCCACUGCAUCUUUAAGCCAGACAAUACCAAGCCGUCCGGCACCCGCUAUUCCUAGGAGCGAGCAUGGCAAGUCUGCUGAGAAGGCUCCCCUCGAAGGACCCGCAACCAAGAGCUCUAUCCCUGUGCCUCGUCAACUGGUGUCGAACAUGCCAAGACAAACCAGCGGCAAAGCCGAGGUGACGGACCUGAACAAAGUUGAGGUCAGCCGAGUGAAGAAGGAAGUUCGCAAUGAAUUUGCCAUUUUUGAGGAACGUCCAUCCUUAGACAUGGUCAAGGACCUCGAUCAGACAUCAUUUGAUUCAUCCUCGGACACGGCAAAGUACCUCAAUCAGACGUAUUCGGCGGGUCAUCCUACCCAAGCUUUAGUCGACAAUUAUGGUGCACAUAUUCUGGAAGCUAUCGAAGAGUCUCCUCAGCACGCUUACAAGCUCAAGCGUCUGUCCACUGCUUCGCCUGAGUUCGGCCCAACUCUGAAGAUCUCACCGUCUGCCGAACGAUUUAUCAUGGGUCCUGAUACCAAGAGAGAGAAGAUUCCGCUCAACAAGAAGAUGAGCAAAGAGCUCGACCGUACUAUGAUGAAAAAGAAUCAGCAAGACCGCCCCUCUUCCAGCCAAGGCCUCUCUCACCGGGACUCUCGUACUGGUCUAAUCGAUACCAAAGCUAGGGAGAAGAAAGUGAAGAGUGCAGAUCUCGGCAGGAUCUCACCCGCCAUUGACCAUCUAAUUAAUGGCUCUCACAAGCUGACACCGCGCCUAAAUCAUGAAAGCACAGAUGUAUCUGCCAAAGGCUCUUCUACCGGUACAUCAUUCAAUGACCCAUUUUUCGAUGCACGUUCACAGCUUCAGGCAAGCCCUGAUAAACGAAAUGAUGUCGAUGAUCAAGAGUCAAUUGCAGCUGGGGGGGAGACCUGGAUCCCUCCCCUUGAGAAUAUUGGGUUUUCGAAUGAUAAGACACCCGUUGCUACUGCAUUCUUGCCCAUUGGCACUCAUGUCGAGAAUGGUAUUCAGCCCGAUUACAAGAUCUCGAACGAAGCGAGCAGUCCCUUCGGGAAUACUACGAUUGCAGCUUAUGAAUUCGCAAAGGAGCCUAAAGACGGGCUCCUCCCGAAGGGCCCUCACAUUGGGAAUGGCGUUCAGACCGAUUACGAGCUCAUAGACGAAGCGAGCCCCUUUGAAGAUACCGCGACUGCAGCUAAAGAUUCCGCAAAGGAGCCCAAAGACAAGGACGAUGAUACAUCUAUUACCUACUUACCCUCGACUCCUGAGCAGCGUCCCCUGGAGGACACCUUCGACUCUGGCAGCCAUCCACCACGUAGCUCUUCCCGUAUGGCCCACCCCGAUUUCACCACGGCCAAGAAUUCUCCGGUGUCGCCCCUGACGGCAGACAACGGACCGCCAACUCCACCCAAAGACGAGCCUCAGGACUUCGCUCGUCGUCAAAACGAUCUGGGCUCUCUUCGCGGCCACGGCACGUCCCAGCUCGACCUCUCCAACCACGCCUCCAAGCGCGAUUCCACCGCUCGCGGGUCCAGCAAAUCUCAAGCAUCCGCCUCCAAAGGCAGCCUUUCGAUCUUGCGCGGUCUCUUCCACAAGCGUUCCUCCGAAAACGAGCCCCUCAAAUCCAGCAAAAAACCCAAAUUUAAGUCCACUGUCAACGCCUCCGGCAGUCCCUUCCCACCAAUAUCAGACGUCCACCCCAUCCACCGCCCAACCCUCGCCUCCAUCGCCCGCUCCGCCGCCGGUACUCCCCGCCCUUCCACCGCAACCCGCCCCGCCACCCCAGCAACCCCCUCCCUCUUCUCGCCCAGCCCCACCGAAACGUCCACCUCCACCCACCUGGCCAUGGAACUCCUGGACCUCUCGCGCAAGGAGCGCUCCUCGCCGAAGAAGGAGAAGUUGCUCCAGCUCGGCAGUAUCAUGGUCGAGGGCAUCACGCAGGCGCGCAACGCGGAGAAGGCGCUCGAGGAGGCCAGGCAGGCGGCGCGGAGGGCCGAGGUCGCGUGCGCGCUUUGCAAGAAGAGUUUGGGCGAGGUGACUAGGUUUGUGGAGGGCUGGAGGGGUGGGCUUUAUUGA